GGAAAGGAUCACAGUUGCUUUAAAUUAUAGAAGUUGGCAAGUGCCUGGAAGAAGGAGUGGGAGGUUGUUUAAACUGAGAAAGACAGUUGCAAAACUUCGUACAACAGCAUGAGCUCUGAGCUUCAAAAACAUUCUCGUGCUCAGGCGAGCACUUUAUUUUUCAUCGAAUUGGUUUUUUGCAUUGUGCUGAAACAGCUUGGAACAACAUUCAUAUUCCUGCUUUAAAUUUUUUAAUGGUUUCUACAUUCAUGGGACAACCAAACCGAGAAAGCCUCAUGUUUUGGAGAAAAGUUUGAUACCAGCAAUGCCCAGACAAGAGCCAAAGAUGUUUGUGUUGCUCUACGUUACAAGCUUUGCCAUAUGUGCAAGUGGACAACCUCGGGGUAGUCAGGUCAAAGGAGAGAGCUACUCCCCGAGAUACAUCUGCAGCAUUCCCGGCUUACCUGGACCUCCAGGGCCUCCUGGAGCAAACGGUUCCCCUGGGCACCAUGGUCGGAUCGGCCUUCCGGGAAGAGAUGGUAGAGACGGCAGGAAAGGAGAGAAAGGUGAAAAGGGAACUGCAGGUCUGAGAGGUAAGACGGGGCCUCUGGGUAUUGCUGGUGAGAAAGGGGACCAAGGAGAGCCUGGAAAGAAAGGACCCCUGGGACCAGAAGGACAGAAAGGAGAAGUAGGUCCAGUUGGGCCUCCUGGACCAAAGGGAGACCGAGGAGACCAAGGGGACCCAGGGAUUCCUGGAGUGUGCAGAUGUGGGAGCAUCGUGCUCAAAUCCGCCUUUUCUGUGGGCAUCACAACCAGCUACCCAGAAGAAAGACUACCUAUCAUCUUUAACAAGGUGCUCUUCAACGAAGGAGAGCACUACAACCCCAUGACCGGGAAGUUCAUCUGUGCCUUCCCGGGGAUUUACUACUUCUCCUAUGACAUCACCUUGGCCAACAAGCACCUGGCUAUCGGGCUGGUGCACAACGGCCAGUACAAGAUAAAGACCUUUGAUGCCAACACGGGGAACCACGAUGUGGCUUCUGGGUCCACGGUCAUCUACCUGCAGCCGGAAGAUGAGGUCUGGCUGGAGAUCUUCUUCACAGACCAGAACGGCCUCUUCUCAGACCCAGGCUGGGCAGACAGCUUGUUCUCUGGAUUUCUCCUCUACGUUGACACAGAUUACCUGGAUUCCAUAUCAGAAGAUGAUGAACUGUGACCCACACCACCAGCCUGAGAGUGCCGAGAUCACAGCGACUGACACUUUGGUUCAGUCUGGGUAGCUGGGAAGUAAAACAAGCAAGAAGGGAAUCCGAAGAGGCUCCUAAUCAGAUUCCAGAGCAUCUACGGACGGUUCCGGCAGAAUUUAUGGAGGCGAGAUAAACCACCAGACAGUUGAAACUACAUCAACAUCAACUAUGUACAACAACCCCGGAUGCAAAUUCUCUUGAAACUCAUCUUUAUAAAUAUUUAAACAAAUUAAAGACUACAUUAACAAAAAUUUUAUUAAAUGCCCUUAGUGAUAAAACCAGCUGACAAUGAUACCGCCUCAUUAAAUCUUCAUAAAAUUGUAUUUUUGUCUGUUAUUUAAAAGAACCAUAAUUGCCUAGUGUUUGACAAAUCUCAAAAGGCUGUAAUAAGUCAAAAUGC